AUGUCUUGGUUAAACUACCGUCAAGCUUUGAUCAGCUUCCCAUCGAGCAGCUAUAUGAAACAUAUGGCAAACCGCAGGCAGUCCCCAUUACACGGUGUGAUGGGAAACCACCAUCUUUGUAAAGAUGCGGAAGAAUUCUCAUUGUCUGACACCAAGCUGCUCCUUAGUGACUUUGGUGAAGCAUUUUCUCCAGCCUCAAAUGUCCGCCUUGGAGAAAAUUCCCACAUGCCAUUAGCUAUGCGGCCUCCGGAAGCACGAUUUGAACCGCAGUCUCCAUUAUCAUUUUCAGCAGAUAUUUGGAGUCUAGCCGUAACAAUUUGGGAAAUUCUUGGCAUGAAGGCGAUUUUCAGUAGAGAAUUGAUAACUGCAGAUGAAAUUGUCUCUCAGCAGAUCGAUGUGCUGGGACCAAUGCCCUCAAGUUGGUGGGGGCGGUGGGAUGAGCGGGAGCAGUUCUUCAACCGUGAUGGACAUCCAAGAGAAGACCGGGAUGUGUGGCCUCCAAUCAACGAAGCGUUCGAGGAAGGCAUACAAGGAUACCGCCGAAAGCGUGGAAUGGGCGUGUUUGAAGGGGAUGAAACGGCCGCUAUCCUCGAUUUGAUGCGUCGAAUGUUAGUAUUCCCGCCGGAACAGCGACCAACAGCUGAGGAAGUCCUCGAAUCAGAGUGGAUGGUUAGAUGGGCGCGUUGCCUGCAUUCAUAG